GUCCCGUCGAGAUGUUGGACACCACCAAGUGGCCGCCGCUGUUGCUGCUGCUGCUGCUGCUGCUCCUGGGCCAGCAGCUCCAGGCCUUCGACUACUGCGAUCCGACCCUGUGUCCCGGGCCCGAGAGGCACAUAGCCUGCAACAAUUUCGGGGCGCUGGCCGACAUCUGCGGGCCGGAUGCCCACAUUGUGCGGAUCACGACGGCUCGUCGCACCAUGAUCCUCAAUGAGCUGAACGAGUACCGCGAUCGGAUUGCGAGGGGCGAUCUGAUGGGCUUCAGUCCGGCCACCCGCAUGGCCACGUUGCAGUGGGAUCAGGAGCUGGCCAGUUUUGCGGAGCUCAAUGUGAAACGAUGUGCGCUGGUCAACGACCAUUGUCGGAACAGCGAGCAGUUCCGCAACGUGGCCCAGGUGGUGGCCGAGGGCGGUUGGCAGGGAGAUCCCAUGCCGCCGAGCUCUCCCAAUGGCAGCCCCAAUCCGAAUCCGGACGCACCAAUUCCGGUGGAGUACCACACGGAAGAUGAGGUGAUCAAGGCCACGCUGGAGCAGAUGUUCGCCGAGUACAAGGAGUGCAGCAUGCGGGAUAUUAUCGCUUUCAGUCCGCCCAACAACAGAAUCCUUCGCUUGCGCGUCAGCAAGUGCAUUGCCUACUUCACACAGCUCGUGCGGGACAGCACCACCCACGUGGGCUGCGGCAUUCUCCGGCAGACCAGGAACACCACCAACGAGGCCGGCCAGACGCUGUCCAGUGUCCACCAGUACAUGACCUGCAACUUUGUCCGCACCAACGAUGUGAAUGCCCCGGUCUACCAGAGCGGCGAUCGUCCGGCCACCGAAUGCCGCAGCGGACGGAAUCCGGUCUUCAUCAACCUGUGCUCCGUCAACGAGAUCUACGACUCCUCCAACCUGGCUGGCCUCUUCUGAACUGGCGAGCUCUGCCAUUCCCAAGCCAAUUACUAAAGUUAAUAAAAAUGAAAGGACUUA